AUGGCAACAAACGACUGCACAAUCUUUGUGCAAACAGGCGACCAGAAAGCAGCGUCGACUGAUGCCAACGUCUUUAUAAUCCUGCACGAUGAACACGGUAUCGCCAGUCCCCAAUACAAGUUGGAUAAUUUUUUACGGGACGAUUUCAAGUGCGGCGCAAUCGACGAAUUUAAAGUCAAACUGCCUCCUGAUUUUGGCACGGCAUCCAUGAUAGAGUUCUGGCGCGAUAACGCCGGCAUUUCUGCUGAUUGGUACGUCGACAUCAUCAAAGUUAAACAAAUCCAGCCGAAGACGACCAGCAUUUUCCCAGUCUUCCGUUGGAUCGAGGCUCAAAACAAAAACGGCCAGAAUCGUUACAGGAUAUAUGAACUAGACACUAUCUUGCCACAGUUCGAUCCCAACCGGGAGCAGCGAGAGGAGGAAAUCAAACGUAAACGAGAACAAUACGUUAUAAACUAUAUGGAAGAUAUGCCGGACAUGCCUGUUCUGGUGAAAGACUUGCCAAUUGAUGAGCAGUUUAGUGCUGAAUAUGUGAAAAAUCUUAUUCUCACUAAAAUUGAGCAUUUGUACCUAAACUUCAAGGCCAAAUUAUUGAUCCACGAAUGGGAUUCUUUUGACGACAUAGAUAAGAUUUAUGAUGAUGAACGAAAGAAACCUCUCGCAGCAGAUCACUGGAAUGAAGAUGUUUGGUUCGGUAACCAGCGUUUGGUAGGAUGCAACCCGGCUCUCAUUAAGCUGUGCACGGAGAUCCCUGAAAAAUUCGGCGUGAAUGAAGAAAUGAUGAAACCUGUUUUGAACGGCGAAACCCUGGCCAGUCUCAUGGAAAAGAAGCGACUGUUUCUAACAGAUUUAGUUGUUACAGAGGGUUUGAAGCAUAACGAAAACUUUAAGAUCUGCGCACCAAUGGCGUUGUUCAUGCUCGAUGACGAAGACCAGUUGAUGCCAAUUGCAAUCCAGCUGAACCAACAAAAAGGACCAGAAAAUCCGGUUUUCUUGCCAACUGACGAUUAUUAUGUAUGGUUGAUGGCAAAACUCUGGUACAACAAUGCCGAUGCUGCCUACCACCAAUCUGUCCUCCAUAUUGGUUGGACGCAUUUCCUGAUGGAAGGGGUUAUUCUGGCCAUGCACAGAAAUAUAUCUGUUUCCCAUCCGAUCUAUAAGUUAAUGGCUCCACACACACUUUUCCUAAUGGCUAUCAAUUCGAGAGGUCUGAAAAAAUUAGUAUCGGAAGGAGGCUGGGUUGACACAACUAUGGCCAUUGGCGUCAAAGGGAUGUAUGACUUGGUAGGGAGAUGCCAAAAAAAAUGGCGGUUUGAUUUACAGGGAACACCGCCAGCGGAAUUUAAAUCAAGAAAUGUUGAAGAUCCAAAAGUCCUUCCCAAUUACCAUUUCAGAGACGAUUCAUUGCUCAUCUACGAUAUUAUCCGCACUUACGUGACAAACUAUGUAAACCUUUACUAUGAUAAUGACAAUAUGUUAUUAGAUGACUGGGAAAUUCAAAACUGGGCAGAAGAUUUGGUCAGAAAGAAAUCCGAAGGCGGGAUUGGCUUGGCAGGUGUCCCUGAAAGAGACGGCAAAGCAGGAUUUAAUAGCAUUGAUGAUUUAGUAAUGAUGCUAUCUUCUAUCUUGUACACGUGCAGCGCAGGCCAUGCCGCUGCUAACUUCCUGCAAUAUUCCGAAUACGCUUAUCCGCCCAAUUAUCCAUCACAGAUCCGAGGAGAAGUUAUCAAAGACAAGAAACCCAGGACAGAAAAAGACGUUAUCCAGUCUCUACCCGACCGAAAUGUCACCCUAAAUGUAAUGACGAUUACCCAUUUGCUCAGUGAAAAGGCAACCAACUCAUUGGGUGAUUUUGAGACUCAGUAUAUAUACGAUCCAAAAGCACUCAAAGUUUUGGCCAAAUUUCAAGACGACCUCCAGGCAGCAUCUAUAAAGAUCACAGAAAGAAACAACAACUUGAGAUUUCCAUUUGAAGUAUUACUUCCAGAAAAUAUUCCCAAUGCAAUUAGUAUUUAA